AUGCCUCUCAGCUUCAACAACGUCUUCUCCUCGAAGCAGUCCAAAGAAAGCACAUCAGAUGCGGCAUCAACCAAGACAUUGACCGACGACUCUUCGUCUACAUACUCCUUCCCCACGAAGGAUACUCCCAAACAAAAAUUUCAGACCGACAAAGAGAAGGAGCUUUUGCAAGCUGCUUACAAGAACUCGGUCCAGAUGGGCAAUUGUUAG